UCAUCACAGUCCACAAAAGCUCCUCUCCUGUCAGGCAUCACUGAGGGGUUCUUGUAACUACAAGGCACGCGCCUGAUACCCAAGCGCUUUGUUAUCAGCUCGUUUUCGGACACUGCUGAAUUAACACUUCGUAUUUCCCGUGUGGUGCUAGAAAGGACCUUAGCGGAGGAGAUCGGAUGUUUUCGCAUUCUACUGGAUGAUCUUAACAAAGAGACUGUCACCAUGACCACAGAUGAGGUGGAAAGUCACCAGAAAAAGCCAAAGCAGCAGCAGGAAGAAACUACUCAGGAUUCCCAGCUGCAUUCUCCUGAUGAAAACCUGCAGCCCCAAAAUCGAAAUUCUGCCGGGCGUGGUCUCUCACGCCUCUUCUCCUCCCUUCUGAAACCCCGUUCACAAUGUGACAGUGAGAGGGGGCAGAGGGAAGAUGAGGAAGAUGAAGCCAAAGCUCCUAUUGCUGACCCUGAACCUGAAUUGAAAAUAGAGGGGGAGGUUGCCUUGGACCAGCAUUCAAUCAGCAGUGCAGAGGCUCUACAGGCAGAAAAGAAGGACGAUUAUGAAAAGAUGACUGUAAAGGUGAAGAAGAAUGACGAAAAGGGAGAGGCAGUUGUUCUGGAGAAAGAGGAGGACAAAGAAAAGGAAAUGAGUCCUGAAAGAAAGGACAAGGAAGAUAAGGAGAAGACCACAGAGGAGGCACAAACACCCAGAGCUCUACGCCGACCAAAGAGACUGCAGAUCAAAGUCGUACUGCUGGAUGAUGCUCUGUUUGAGUGCGAGUUGGAUAAACAUGCCAAAGGCCAGGAACUGUUCAUGAAGGUCUGUGACCACCUAAACCUACUCGAGAAAGACUACUAUGGACUGGCGAUCUGGGAGACCCCCACUAUGAAGACUUGGAUGGAUUUGACCAAAGAGAUCCGCAGGCAGGUCCAAGCUGCAAGUUAUGAUUUCACAUUUAAUGUGAAAUUCUACCCACCGGACCCAGCCCAGCUGUCAGAGGACAUAACAAGGUACUACCUGUGUCUCCAGCUGCGGAAGGACAUUCUACAGGGCCGCCUUCCUUGCUCCUUUGUAACCCUGGCUCUGCUAGGCUCUUAUGCCCUGCAGUCAGAGCUAGGCGAGUAUGAUCCUGAGGUGCAUGGCCAUGAUUAUGCUAAGGAAAUGAAAAUGGCCCCAGGCCAGACAAAAGAGCUGGAGGACAAAAUGAUGGAGCUGCAUCAUACAUAUAGGACAAUGAGUCCAGCCCAGGCAGACCUGAUGUUUUUGGAGAAUGCCAAAAAACUCUCCAUGUAUGGUGUGGACCUUCAUCAAGCAAAGGACCUGGAUGGUGUUGACAUUAUGCUGGGAGUGUGCUCCAGUGGGUUGAUGGUUUACAAAGACAAACUCAGAAUCAACCGUUUCCCGUGGCCAAAAGUCCUUAAGGUGUCCUACAAGCACAGCAGCUUCUUUAUCAAAAUACGACCAUCUGAGGCAGAACAGUAUGAGAGUGCAAUUGGUUUCAAACUUCCUAAUUAUAAGGCAGCCAAGAAGCUGUGGAAAGUAUGUGUUGAACAUCACACCUUCUUUAGGUUGACCUCCACUGAAAUGGUAACCACCCCAAGAAAGUUCCUGGCACUUGGCUCCAAAUUCCGUUACAGUGGACGGACUCAGGCCCAGACUAGACAAGCUAGCUCACUGAUUGACAGACCAGCUCCUAUGUUUCAGCGCUCUUCCAGCAAGAGGAACUCACACAGUCUGGAUGGUGCAAUGGUCACUACUCCUGACAACAAAUCCAAUCGUCCGGUCAGUGCCCCUGCUAUGUCACCAGUAUCUUCAGGUGAGGCAAGACCAUCACCACUACUACCCACACUACCUCAACCUAACCAUCCUGAUAGCUACAAACCCAAAACCCAACGACAUGCAGAUUGGAAGAUGGAGCUAAAGACAGAAUGUAAGCCAGAGUACACCAAGAGCCGGAGCCCAAAGCCACAGUCUACUUCAGAGAUUAAGAGUGUUGCCAGGAGAGAGCGGAGGCAAUCCCCAUCUGUGACCAAUAGAGAGAAAGAGAAAAAGAACCAGAAAAGACCCAAGAGACUUGAGGGUGAAACUAUUUAUAUCAGACAUAGCAAUUUAAUGUUGGAGGACCUUGAUAAGACCCAAACUGAGAUUAUGCGUCACCACACUAGUAUCAGUGAGCUCAAGAGAAGUUUUAUGGAGUCAGUACCAGAACCUCAACCCAGUGAGUGGGACAAGCGUCUUUCCACCAACUCUCCACUCCACACAGUGAGUGUCAACGGCCAGCUGCAACCAGCGCAGUCUCCAGUGUUGAGAGCCCAGAUGGUCACCAUCUCAGACAUCACCAAUUCUCUAAGAGGAACUGUGACUUAUAAGGACACUCCCUUAGUUCACACUGAAACCAAGACCAUCACAUAUGAGUCAGCUCAGCCUAUGGAAAACCUAGCAGAGAAGGAUUCAGGAAUGCUGCUGAGUGCCCAGACCAUCACCUCAGAGACUAUCAGCACUACCACCACAACCCAGAUCACUAAGCUGCUCUGCCUUCGACUUGACCAACCAGACCUAAUCAGAGGGAGAAGAGGCUUCAGCGGUGAUUCUCGUUUGCCUCCAAGAGCUACCAGAAAUUUCCCGAAAGCCUUUCCUGAAUGCCCAACAACCCCUCUCCUAUUUAAGUGGAAAUUUUAAGAAGAAAACAGUUAAGAAAACAGCAUUUGGCCUUAAUCUUGAGAUUCCAACUUUAUUUUUCUAAGCUUUUUGUAACAUCAGAAUUGGUUACCAAACUCCCGGAAGUCAACAAAUUUUUAACAAAGUGAUGAAAACUGCACUGAAAAAGAAUUGUCAGAUUCUACAUGUUGGGACAAGUCCAUUCCUCUUAAAGUUUUUGAGGUUGUUGAUACUUCUUGUACAGUAAAUACUUUAUUUUCCCUCUCAAUGUGAAAAGAUAUUUUUUAAUUUUAUGUACAAAAAGAUUGAUUUGUCAAAGCAGGGCAUUGAAUUUGGUGGGGGUAUUAUUCAUCGUGAUUAAAAUGUGGCUUCAAAACUCAUGGAGUAAUUUUGAAAUCCUUUUUGAGUGUUUCAGCUGUUGUUGUCAUGCUUGUGUCACACUAAGGGGGAUUUAAUAAGAUCACAUAGUAUUGAAACUACCUUUAUUUAUUACCAUGACUGUAUUUUUAGUGUGUUUUAUAGUUUAGAUUUAGAGUGUUUUUUCUCUAUAGUGGUUUAUUGGGACUAUUCCUUACUGUCAGAUACACUCAUUUCCCUUUCUAAUUAGCUGUGUAUCAUUUUAGUAUUUCUGAGUUUAUUUCAUAUAUGUAUUCCUUUUAAAUGGGCACUGUGCAUUCUUUCCCAUUUUGGUGCUUAAUCAAAAUAUAAAGUUUCACUGAGCUGUGUAUCAUUUUAGUAUUUCUAAGUUUAUUUCGUAUAUGUAUUCCUUUUAAAUGGGCACUGUGCAUUCUUUCCUGUUUUGGUGCUUAAUCAAAAUAUAAAGUUUCACUGGUAAAGGCUGCAUUAUUAUUAUUAUUGUUGUUCAAAUUAUUGCAAACAAAAAAAAUACGAUAACUUGGCUGCAGCAAUAUAUAAAACUACAAUAACAAUGUUAAACCGAUAACUUGGCUGCAGCAAUAUAUAAAACUACAAUAACAAUGUUAAACCAAGGAUACCAGAGGGAAUCACUUUAUUUUUGCACUGCCAAAUCAGAUUAGACAUAUCAUGUUAGUAUCAGUAUGACUUGUGAUUUUGUCCAUAUUCAAACAUGAUGCUUUACUUCUAUUCUGUACUGUCUUAUCUGCAUGUUAUAGUUACUUCACUAAGCAGUCUUAUUUAUUAUGACACUCCUUUGUCUUACUAUGAAUGGACAUUUUUAAUAUUUUCUUUAUUGUGAACUCACACUUCAACGUGGGAUGAAAACAUGUAAAGAGCACCAUGCAUAAAAUAAAGAACUGUGUAGAUACAUUCA